GAUUUAGGACAGAAAAACGUGACAGAAAGAAAGGAAAGGCUUGUCAGAUUCUAAUCAGCGACAGAAGAACAGAAAACAAAGAUAUCUGACAAACACUAAAGGUCAGUGUCCAUCAGGUGGUUUUCACAGAAAAAAUGGCUUCCAGCUCACCGAAGGACAGGUUCAUGGGGGUCUGGCUUAUCUUCUUCUUGCUCGGUUUAGGGACACUGCUUCCCUGGAACUUCUUCAUGACCGCCACCAUGUAUUUCACCAGUCGUCUGAAGAAGCCCUCAUUGGACAGUUUCUCAGCCAAUCAGACAGUGGCAGGUGAAGAGCGCAGCAUCCUGGAGGCCAAAUUCAACAAUGUGAUGACGCUGUGUGCCAUGGUGCCGUUGCUCAUCUGCACAUACCUCAACUCCUUCCUACACUCACGGAUUCCUCAGCGGCUGCGGGUGAUGGGUAGUCUGAUCAUCAUCAUGGCUGUCUUCAUGGUCACUGCUGUCCUUGUCAAAGUCCAAAUGGACCCACUGCCCUUCUUCAUUGUUACCAUGGUGAAGAUCAUCAUUAUAAACUCGUUUGGGGCUAUUCUGCAGGGCAGUCUUUUCGGGAUGGCCGGGUUACUUCCAGCUUCGUACACCACACCCAUCAUGAGCGGCCAGGGUCUUGCUGGAACAUUUGCUGCCUUCGCUAUGAUAUGCGCCAUCGCAAGUGGUUCUGAGCUGCAGGAUGCAGCUUUUGGAUAUUUCAUCACAGCCUGCGUUGUCAUUUUUGUCUCCAUCCUAUCCUACAUUAUGCUUCCAAAACUGGAGUUUUUUCAGUUUUAUCAAAACAGAAAACAGAACACUGGUGAGAGGGAGAAGUCAUUACAGCUGAACACAGUGAACACAGAUGAUGGAGAAGAUGAGCAACACAAGCAAAGUGUCUCCAUGACUAAAAUCUUCUGCAAGAUUUGGCCUCUGGCUCUGUCAGUCUGCUUUGCUUUCACCGUCACCAUUGGAACCUUCCCCGCCAUCACUGCUGACACCAAGUCUAGCAUCACUGAUGCAGGAGCCUGGGAGUUUUACUUCAUCCCUGUGUCGUGUUUCCUGCUCUUUAACCUGUGUGACUGGGGCGGGCGGAGCCUAACAGCCAUCUCCAUGUGGCCAGGUAAAGACAGUCGGCUACUGCCGCUGCUCAUCGCUGCUCGUGUCAUCUUUGUGCCACUCUUCAUGCUGUGUAACGUUCAGCCUCGCUUCCACCUGCCUGUCUUCUUUGUCCAUGACGGCUGGUUCAUUGCCUUCAUGGUCCUGUUUGCAUUCAGUAACGGAUACCUGGCCAGUCUCUGCAUGUGCUUCGGACCAAAGAAGGUUCUUCCACAUGAAGCUGAAACUGCCGGUGCUGUCAUGGCCUUUUUUCUGUCACUGGGUUUGGCUCUGGGAGCAGCACUGUCCUUUCUCUUCAGGACACUGGUUUAACUGGAAAUCCAAACAUUGGCCACAUCCCACACAUGGUCCAGUUCCUGAGACAAUCAUUGGGACUUUAGGAGACCUUGACCGAGUCAUCAAAAUAAAAAUUCACU